AUGGCUGGACUCACAGCCGAAGGCAUCGCAGCACUAGGCGAUGAAGCCUCUCAUUCCAUGCGAUGGCUCGAUAUGAGUCUCUCAGACUCUUCUUCUAAUCCAACCGAUCCCAGGCCGGCUCGUCAAGCAUAUGCCUUGAAGGUCAUUGAGGAUCCUACCAACAACUUUGUACGAUUAGUCAAAGACCCCUUGAACCUGAUUAGCGUUAUGGGCCCUGCGCGUUCCGGAAAGUCCACUCUAAUGAACGUUCUUGCUGGCUGCACUACGACAGAACUAUUUGCAACCUAUCCCGGCAUGGAGACUUUUACUAAAGGAAUUCAAAUUCCAACCAGAGUAUUGACACUUCCUCAGUUCUCUUCACUAGAAGGGGAAACAACUGUGGAUUCAAGUACCGAGAACGUCAAGGUGACCUUUGUCGAUACGGAGGGGCAAGGUGCCAUAGGAGACAAUUAUGACAUGGACCUCUUCAGUCCCGCAUUAGUCACGUCUCGAGUCGUCAUCUACAAUCGAACUGGAGGUCUCCUCACUGAAGAAAUCCUUUCACAGCUUGGUAUGAUGACUCAAGCAGCACAAAGGGUUCGUGCAGGUGGAAACGCUAGAUCCGACGACUCGGCAAGUCCUGGAACAUCUGGAACAGCUGCGACAGGUCCACUCUUUGGGCAUCUUUUUAUCAUCUUUAAUCAAUUUCGAACGAAUAAGGUCGAUACGGUUACCACUCUCAAAAAUGCUCUCAUGAACCAGGAGCCAGAAACCGAUUCAAAUUCGACCAACAGGAACAACAUCCGUAAACUUCUAACAUCCGUCUUCGAAUCUAUCCAAGUUUUUAUCCUGCCCGAUAGCCUCAAAAGCGAGGCUCGUGAUGAUCUUGCUGAUGGCAUCAAGGAUUUUAUCUUACUUUCAGACUUCACCCCAAAGUAUCUAGAAUACUUCAAACUACUUCGGGAUGGGCUCUCUAAAGCUUUAGUCUCCCCUCGAGAGCUUACUACUGGAGUGCCACUGACAGGGGGUACAAUUGCUGAUUUUAUGCCCUCAUUUGCGGAUGCUAUCAAUCGUUCACAGCCCUUGAACUUGCCAUCAAUCUUUGAAUUGUCUCAGAACAAUGCGUUGAACAAAAUACAGAUUACCUUCACAAAUGCCUUGAGUAUUGUCUCGGACAGCAUACUCAGCGAUCCUGCUCUAUCGACUCAACUUCUUUCCACUAAAUUUGAUAGCAAUGUGACGCUACUCCUCAGCCAACUUGCUAAUUCCAUCUCAUACAUGCCAAUCGACACUGUGAAGAGUGCGCAGGAUGAAGCCUCAAACUCCGCUGCCGCCGUCAAAGUCAAUCUAAUUGCAACAAAUUUGAGUAGGAUCAAGACCUUGAUGUCCACUUCCUUGACCAAUUUGAUUAGCUCAAUUGAAACCGAGUUAUUGAAGGUCUUCCCAGCCAACAACAUCCUGCAAUCACCAACAGACAUUGACAAUGCUUUUAUCACUUUGUUCAACAGUCUUUCAAGCACCUUGAAAACCAAAGGUGAUAUGUACGAUCCUCAGGCUUUGCCCAGUGGCUAUGAAGCGGCUAUACAAUCAGCUCUCGAUAUGCACAAGUCUAGCAUACAAUCGAAGGCUGCUAGCUCUUGGGGUGUCUGGGCUACUGAUUUGACUCAGGCCAGCAUCAAAGCUUUGACAGAUACCUUGGCCACACUUGGGAGAAACACGCAAGUUGGUAACGACAGCCAAUAUACUACUAGUGCUACCUCUGUUUGUAACACAGAAAAAUCAGCCUUCGGUCAAAAACUCGAUAACGAAUAUCUAUGGUCUAAUAAGCAAGACAAAAAAGACUUCUUCGCGACUUCGGCAGAUAAUGCAAUGAACACCCAAAAAGCGCUUUGGUUGAAAAAUGAAGAAGAUGUCAAGGCCAGUCUCAAUAUAAUUUUCGAGGCUCUCAAGCAAACAUAUGUCAUGCAACUUCAAAAUUCUAUUGUGCCACAGAGCGAGCCUCAAUCAUUUACUACGAUCACCAACCCCACCCUGAUCAAAGAUGCAUUGCUUCUAUUUUGUUCACAAAAUAGUCUUUCGACAACAAUGACUAUCAAGAUUGGAACGGAUUUCGAUGUAUUCGUAGCCGAAAAAAAGUCAAAUUUUGUCACAACUUAUAACUUAGCGUGUGAUACUUACAAGGGCUAUAUUAGCGGAGAGCUCGCUGCCCAAGUGCCUCUUAUUCUUCAAGCUUGUCGAAAUCAACUAGAUCUUAUUGAUCUUAACUUGGAUUCGCCAACCACCACAAGAGACCAGAUUACGGUGACAUCCAAUGCGGCUGUUACAGAUGCGAAAAACAAAUUCACCUUGGCCAAAGGCAAACUCAACACCCUACCAAAUGGGACGAUUUCAAGUACAGUAAUACAGACUUACCAGUUACAGCUUGAUAUGGGACUCGAGCUUGAUAGAAAGGCCAAAGUUGACAAGUACGAUGAGGUGGUGUCUGUGUACAACAAGGCACUUCUCACCGAGUUGGUUAUACCUAUUGUUGAUCAAACUCUGGCAAACAAUUUCACUAGUACAGGGGCUUUAGAUACCAGCAUAACACGACAAUUGAUGUUCUUCAUAGCUAGGAAGAAAGGCGAACAAGCGUUGGCUCAGGCGAAAUGGGACGAAUGGAAGACAAGAACCUAUCCUGCUCUCGUUGAAGUAGUACAGCGCAAUAACUCAUACAGGGUGGAUGGUCUAGACGGUAAUCUAGCUGCCACAAAAGCUAUUCAAGAACAUGUCAUCGGUAAUAUCAACGAGGAUUGCUGUUCAAUGGGUGGAGAUUUAGGCAUGUCUUACCUAUAUUCUAGCAGGUUAGAUGGUGUAAAACCUCAAGAUAUGGGUAUGUCUGUUACAGACCCUACCAAACCAAGUCAGCAAAACUCUCGAACCAUGCGCUUGAACAAUUCACCUGGUGGUGGUUAUGAUGCAAACCAUAGUACAAAUCUUGAGUUCUUCGAUUGGGUUGUUGAGGUCUCGGAAAUUAUAUGGGGUAAACCAAUCAUUACUGAUCUUAAACCCUUGAAGCUUGACACGACCGAAUAUCCGGCUCAAGCCACUCCCAUGACUGUCAUAAUAGGCUCAAUCAGUGCUGUGACAACUACUGUCACAGAUAGUCAAAGUUGGGGUGUGAACGCUGGAGUUGAAGUCGGUUACAAAUUCGGAGUAAAAGAUGAAUGGGAAACCAACAUGAAGGCAACAUUCAAUGGAAACUUUUCCAACAUUUCGACCCACUCAGAAUCAUCUACCUACACCACCUCGACAUCUGCACAGAUUACACUCCCUGCCAACCGUGUUAAUUGUGUCAAUCAGAUGGUGUUCGAUCAAAGAACUUCGUUGCCAUAUACAGCCCGUGUAAGGGUUGUUCCGAAAUUGAGAUUUCAAAAUGGAUACACAAUAUAUGGUGGCGGGGGAAGUUACGCCUCAAACCCCGGUACAGCUGCUCGGAAGCCUGCCUUCAAGAGAUCGGACAGAGUUUAUUGCUCAAAUGCGAAAAGUACCUUUGAGUUCAGAAGAACCGAUGAGAUCCGGGAUGAUGCUCUAAGUAACGCGGAUCCUUGGGAGUGGGCACUCUGUAUGCAGCGCAACCCGUACCUAAGGUCUUCCCUUGACAACCUCACCCAAGCAUCAAACUAUGAAGUUUUUGUCAAAGGCAAAUGGGAAGGGAUUACUGGGAAGUAUGCAGUUACGACGGUGACUCCUAAAAAUACUUUGACCACUUUACUACCCCCUUCUUAA